AUGGCUACUGUCAGAGGAAUGACCAAAAUUACAGAGAAAUUUCAGGCUCAGGCAGGGGCAAUGUUGCCAUGUCUAUCAUGGGGGAGCCAAGCAAAGCUAUUCGCAUUCAUGUGCUGUAUCUUCAUCCUCAUAGGGUUUGUUGUGUUUCGCCUGCAUCCGGGAAUAUUUGUUGCUCAUUUCAUCUUCAUUAUAGGUGCAUUCCUUCUCUUUCUCUGUCUCCUCUCUUGCUUCAUGGAAUGGGGGCUCCCAGCAAUGAGAAGAGAAACUACAGGGGCCUUGAGCUCAGCACGGGACAAUGAAGCCUUCGAAGUACCAAACUAUGAGGAAGCUGUGGUAUCGUCGAUCCAGGUCCCCAACUCAGGUUUGGGUGAGCCCCCACCCUACAGCACUGUGAUUCCCUCACAGCUUCAGGAAGAAGAAUCUAACCAUCUGGCAGGACUCACAGGAGCCAGCAUAGAAAGGCAGAGGAGGUCAGAAGGUACAAUGACCCAGACAGAAGGUUCUUUGGGCACUCCAAACAAUCUCCAGCUUCCAGAACACCCAAUAGAGUCUGAAAUACCACCAUUGCAAAGUCUGCCAGGUAUGGAGCCUCUUACUCCACCUCCAGCAUAUGAGCUCAGACCUGGUCACCAUGAUAUCAAUGAUGACAAUGUUUUUGAUGAUGAUAGCGUAUUCUAUGAGGACUGA